AUGCCUCGCAUGUCGCAAGUGGGAGAAAAAAGAGGAGUGGAAUAUCUGGAUGCCAUAAGAAAAUUGAAUGGAGGAGUGAAAGAUGAUGAUCCCAAGAUAACGGUUGGCUUUGGCUAUUAUUUUUUCUUGAUUGUUGUUAUCGUUUUGAAUCUUGCUAUCGUAAAAACCGCAAUUUCCCAAGAAGUUUACGCACAGACAGGAUUUGAGGAAUUCUCGGUCGGUAACCUGCCCAAAGAUUGGGAGGUAAUUGGCGGUGACUUUGAAGUUUCUGGCGACACUGUCAAAACCGAUAAAAAAGCACUCGCUAUUUUGGGCGGUGGAGACGGAGAUGGACUCGGUGUGCCUAUAGAAACCGAAAAUCCUAUUAUUUCGGUCGAAUUCUGGGUUUAUAUUGAGGGGGGUGGUAGGUCUUUCAAUCUCAAAGUCGCUACUGCUGACGGCAUUGGCGAAAACACCGGAUGCACCUACAUCAACUGGGACGCUGGCAUUGUUCGGCUUUACGAUGGCGCGGCGUGGCAACUUAUUGGUGACUUUGAAACCGAUACAUGGAAAUACGUCCGCGUUAUCGCUGAUGUCGGUAAAAGCGAAUUCGAUUUCUACGUCGGAGACGAUAGAAACGAUGCGUUAGGGACCAAACCAGAGAAAGGACUCCCCUUUCGGAAUGCUGCGCUCGGUCCCGUUGCCAAAUGGGUCGCUUUCUAUACGUGGGGAAUAACUGCCCCCGGUUAUGUUGAUGAUUUACUGAUCUAUGAAGGGGCAGAUCCACUCGACCUUGCCGUUGAUCCGAACGGAAAACUCACGACACUCUGGGGACACGUUAAGCAAGGAUUGUAG